AUGGCCGCGUCUCCGCCCCGCCGAAGAAAUGAUCCUGUGGUCGCUCUUCGCCUCGAUGACGAGGGGAACGUCACUGUCCUGACGCGCGCUGAACUCGACCACGACGAUCCAUCAGCUUCUUGUGGAAUAGAGCUCCUGGAGAAUGACGAAGGCGACAGAACUUUCACCCAGGUCGUCAUCCGGUCGUUGUAUAACGAUGGAUGUGAAAUGUUCUCUAAGGAUAUUUUUCGGAAUGUUGCCGAGCAAUUCGACCUGUGCGCAAAGCAUCCCAACGUAGAGCAUCGCGUUUCGCUUAUGGGAAUCGACGGCAUAAUUGUGGACUUCUUCUUCAAACUCGGAGCGGAUGUCACCGACGGGGGAAAGGUCCGUUGGCCGGGCUGCAGGAUCAAAACCUCCAAACCCCGUCUCGACUACCGCGGUAUCCGCCGGCUCAUGUUAGCUGCGGGCAGCCCGCAUUCCAAUCCGGAGGGCGCCUACCUGACCAUCGGUAUCGUGUUAGAGACGGAGAUUUACGACGCCACAACCAACGCCGUGCUUAGCCCCUGGCUGGACCGAAGUUGCCACACCGUCUUGCAGCGAUUCUACCGCGAGCGGCAAUCCUAG